AUGAUUCUACUUUCGCAGGUUGAAUAUAUUGGUGUUUGUUCUAGAUUAUUGUAUGUGUUUUCUAGAAUGAGUAAUGAUGGUGAUGUUGAUAAAUGGUUAGAAUUAAUUAAAGAUUGUAAAUAUUUACCGGAAACAGAUUUAAAAAAAUUAUGUACAAUAAUAUCUGAUAUUUUAUUUGAAGAAUCAAAUGUACAACCAGUAUUUUCGCCUGUUACAAUCUGUGGAGACGUACACGGACAAUAUUAUGAUGUACAAGAACUAUUUAAGACUGGUGGCUAUCCACCAGAUACACAGUAUAUAUUUAUGGGCGAUUUUGUUGAUCGUGGUUAUUAUAGUUUAGAAACAUUAACACAAUUAUUAGUAUUCAAAGCAAAAUGGCCACAUCGUUUAACAUUAUUACGAGGAAAUCAUGAAAGUAGGCAAGUGACACAAGUCUAUGGAUUCUACGAUGAAUGUAUGAAAAAAUAUGGAAAUGCUAACUUAUGGAGAUUUUGUUGUCGUUUAUUUGAUUUAAUGCCAAUUGGGGCACUAAUUGAUAAUACAGUGUUGUGUAUACAUGGCGGCCUGUCUCCUGACAUUGGUACAAUCGACCAGAUGAGAACAAUUGAACGUGAUCAAGAAAUUCCUCAUAGGGGAGGAUUUUGUGAUUUGAUGUGGUCAGAUCCCGAUGAUAUUGACUGGUGGGCUAUUUCUCCACGUGGUGCCGGUUGGCUAUUCGGUGAAAAACCUACAAAUCAAUUUAUGCACAAUAAUCAAUUAACAUUAAUAUGUCGUGCACAUCAAUUAGUACAAGAAGGUAUCAAAUUUAUGUUUAACGAACGUUUGGUUACGGUAUGGUCAGCACCAAACUAUUGUUAUCGUUGCGGAAAUAUAGCUAGUAUAUUGGCAUUCCACACUUCCACAAACUAUGAAACAAAACUGUUCUCCGCUGUACCAGAUGAGAAACGACAAAUUCCAUCGAAAACAACUACACCUUACUUUUUAUAG